UCAGUCAGUCAGCAACACUGCUCUCAGUCUUAACUCUCUGGUACUACCAUAAUCUCAACAUGGCUGAUAACUUGAGCACAACAACUGCUGGCUGUACCUUCUUCCUGAGGCUCGGAGCUCUACCAGUUGUGGCAGACUCUAUCUCCAAAGCUAAGGAAAUCUACAUAAAAACCCAGAAUUACAGAAGUGUAGGUGUGGUAGUAAGUGUAGCAGAGAGCAGUAUAAGGGCAGCAUCCAGGGUCCUGCCUUUGACUCAACCACUUCUGAGUCAUGUUGGUGGCUGGCCAGCGGUAAACGAGUGGGCGUGUCAGGGGCUCGACAAGGUGCAAACCUGGGCACCAGUUGUCUGUAAACCAACUGCGCAGGUGGUAGAUGAACUUAGAGAAAAAUUACUGAACGUACUAGCUGGUGAACCUUCACAAACUUCUAUAACAGAUGCUGUUGUAUUCCGCGCUGCCAACACUAUUCUGCUCCUAAGUAACACUAGAGGUGGACGUAUAGCUGUGGAAGUCGCCACUAUGAUAGUAGACAACGCCAACACACUAGUGGACGCCUACCUUCCCCCAGUCCAGGGAGAACCAAAGGACACUGGUAGUGAUGGCCUAGUGGUGAAGACUUCAACUUUGGCACUGAAGACUCGUCGCAGACUCUACCACACGACCCACAUCUUCCUCCAUCCUGAUGUUACUUGUGUAAACUAUUCCACCAAUCACCUCGCUCACUUAAUUCGUUCCUGGGCUACAGAAUGGUGCAAAGCUAAACUUCAAGAAAUUCCACCACGUAUGACACCGAUUAACUUCAGUAUCUUUCUGGCUCGGAAUGCAACAGGGAAAGUAACUCUUUAUUUCCAUAAACUGCUUGCUGCAGCGAGUCGGUUAACCUCGGCUUCUGAUGCGGCAGCGACUCAAAAAUCCUACACAGGCUAUGUUCCUGCCAGACUUCAACACUUGUUGGUCCAUUUCAUAGUAUGUUUGAAAGCUUUCUUCAGUGCAGCUCUCCAGACAAGUCUGGAGUCUUGGGUGACGACUGAACACUACCUCAGACGUACACUAGCAGCAAGGAACAAAGACAGUGCUACAGAAGUAACCAUGGUUUAAGUUCCUCCAAUUUAACUUUUAAUUAUUAUCCUUCAGGCAGAGUUCAAAUGUAUUUGUUGCUGGGAAUUAACUUAAUAAAACUUUCUGAAACAUC